AUGAGUAAAGAAGAGAUUGGAGAUGAAUUCGAGAAAUCUGGUCAGCCUGAAAUGGACGGAAAUGUUAAUAUUAGUACCACCAUAUAUUGUCCAUGCUCUUCUCGUCCUCCGCUUCAUCCAACAUCACAAUCUGCAUCAUUGAAUCCGGAAACGCAAAAGUCCGAAAAACCCGUAAAAGUCACCGUAAACCCGCUUACAAAACAAGGACAAAGAUAUAAAGCUGAAACUGAUAACAAAGAAGAGGAUGAAGCAGCACAGCUUAUCACUGAAAGACAACUGAAACGUCUAUCGGAAUGGAUUAAGCGAUGGAGGAUAGUAUCAGAUUAG